AUGAGCACCUUCGCGCAGAUCCUCAAGGAGAUCGGCGAGUUUGGGUUGUUCCAAAAGCGCUUGGUGGCGGCCUUGUGCGUCCCCAGCGUCUUCAUCUCCUUCGACAUCAUCGGUCAGGUCUUCGCGGGCGUUGACUUCCCAAACUAUUGCAACACUGACUGGAUCCUGGAGCGAGUGGACGCCAACCUGACCAGGGAGAGGCAAAAGCGCCUCACCAUCCCCGUGAGCCCGGAUGGAAGCUUCCAGAGCUGCCUCAUGUACACGCCAGUCGACUCCGACCUGGAGACCAUCGAGCUGUACGGCCUGAACGCGACCACGGGCUGCCUCAAUGGAUCCGAGUUUGAGGUGCCAACUGGGGCAUCCAGCAUUGUGACAGAGUUUAAUCUGGUGUGUGACAGGAACACGUUGAUUGAGGGGUCUCAGUCUAUUUACAUGGCCGGACUUCUGAUUGGCGCCUUCGUGUCGGGCUCAAUGGCUGACAGGUUUGGUCGCCGCUUUGUGGUCUUGCUCGCCCAUCUUCUUCUUCUCUUGUUUGGCGUCAGUGCUGCUUUCUCGCCCAACGUCUACGUUUACAUUGCUCUCAAGUUUAUGUGUGGCGUGUCCGCGGCGGGAAUCCUCGCCAACGCAUUCGUCAUAGGUGGCGAGUGGUGCGAGUCGUCCAAGUUUGCCUUCUGCACCAUCGUCAGUCACAGUUUUUAUGCCAUCGGUCUCACGCUGUUGUCCGGUCUCGCCUAUUUGAUCCGCGACUGGAGGAUCCUCCAACUGGCCCUCUACAGCCCUCUCCUUGUUGUCCUGGUCGUAUUUUACUGGAUUCUCCCGGAAUCGGCUCGCUGGCUCAUUACUCAGGGCAGGAAGGAGGAGGCCGUGAAGGAGGUGCGCAGAGCGGCAAAAGUCAACGGGAGGGAAGUGUCGCAAGAUCUGCUGGAUAAGAUGGAGGUGGCUGUGACGCCCAAUAGAGGGAGCACGUUGGACAUCUUCCGGAUAUCAUAUCUGAGAAAACGAGCGCUCAUCAUGGGCUACGUCUGGUUUGGAGUCAGCUUCAUGUACUACGGCCUGAGUCUGAACGUUGGCAACUUCGGACUGAACAUCUACCUGACGCAGUUCAUCUUCGGCCUGGCGGAGGUUCCCGCCCGUCUGGGUUCUUUGCCGCUCAUCGGGCGCUUCGGGAGGCGACGGUGUGAGGCCAUCUUGUUAAUGGUCGGAGGGGCCGCUUGCCUCGCCGUCAUCGCCGUGCCCGAGGACCUUCCUGUCGUUGCAACGGUCAUAGCCAUACUUGGGAAAUUUGCAUCCACUGCCUCCUUCGCCAUCCUGUAUGUUUACACAGCAGAACUGUACCCCACCGCACUUAGGCAGAGUGGCGUAGGUCUGAACUCCAUGUGCGCUCGCGUGGGAGGCAUCCUGUCUCCCCUGAUAAGGCUCCUGGGGGUCUACCAUGACGCCAUCCCCAUGCUGUUGUACGGGGUCGUACCUACUAGUGCGGCGGGCCUCUGUCUGCUGCUGCCAGAGACCCUCAACGCCGAACUUCAGGAACACGCCCCGCCAAGAUCUCAGAGGGGAGAGCGUUCCAGAGGGUGGGUGGGGGCCGGCAUGCUGAACGAAGCCUCUGGCCCCAUAGGUUCGCAGCCUGCUGCAGAGGAUGGAGAUGAGACCAGAGUUUGA